AUGUUGAGUAGUAUUGCAUCGUAUCUAUUUGGUUCGAAUACUACUACAACUAAUCCGAAUCCGAGUGAAACCACAACAACCACUGCAAACGAAGUUGAUACUAAAGAGAACGUUACCAAAGUCGAUGUUGAUAAUCUCAUAGAAGUAACUUCAUUAACGCCAUCGGUAACGGGAGCAGCGGCAAUCGGUGGUAGCGUCACCAAUAAUACACGUGCCAUACGCCGUGGCAAAAAUAAACGUAACAAUACCCGUCAGCAGAACAAGCGUAAAGGUGGAGGCGGAGUUAGAAGUAAUAGCACAAAAUCGACGGAUAGUACAAAGUCAUUGACAAAAUCAUCAGGAUCGCCUAGCGAUAGUUGUGACGAAGAUUUCGACGAAGACGAGUGGUUCAUUGUUGAAAAGGAAGACGACGAGGACGUCUCCCAAUCUCGUAACGACAACGAGAAGGAAACAAGUGAACCAACCCUUGAGGUCGUCAAAUCGGUCAAACAACCUACCAUAGCGCCCAGUCCAUUGGCCCAACAGCGCCGCCAACAACAUAUCAAUUCGCAUUCCCUCUAUAGUGGACCAAGACCACAAAAACAACGCAAUCAUUUGCAAAAAUCCCGCUCCAACAACGUUAAUACCCGCACAAGCGGUCUAAGCGUAUCAACAUUAAGCCCUUCCCGCACAGUAAACGAAAGCCGCAAUGGCAAAAAUACCGGGAUGGCAGCUGAUGCCGGCGGCAUUAGCCGUUCGCUGUAUGUCCCGCCAGCCGCCAAUGCUAUCCAACAGGAGAAUGUGAAGGUGGCCGCCAUGCCAGCGAGUGGAAUUGGAAAUGCCAAGGCUAUGGACGAAUCAUGGUUCGUAACACCACCACCAUGUUUCACCUCCAUUGGACCCAUCAAUAUGGAAACUUCACCCUAUGAGAACCUAUUGAUUGAGCAUCCAAGCAUGUCGGUGUAUCAUAGUAUUCGAUCGGUUCAAGAUACAGCUGAAAGCUAUAUUGAAUUUGAUCUCGAUGAUGUGAAGAAGACAAAGAAGGAUAGAAAGUCGGCUAACAAUAAGGAGAAUGCCCAACGCAAGAAUUCCCAAGCUGUUCAACAGCGAUCAUCGGCUGGUUUCCGUUUGGAUCGCCAAAGUGUUGCUCAAUUGAAGCAGGAAUUAAUGGCUCGUACGGCACAAAAGACCCAAUCCAAAAAGGAGCGUAAGGAAAUUUGUCGUUCGGCCAUUAAACGCGCCAAUAAAGUGCGUGAUGUUCAAUCUAAAAAUCAUACUUCUCGUCGUGCCGAUAGGCAAUACUUCAAGGUUGUCAGUGGCAGCAACAACAACCGCAAUUCUCACUACUAAAUGUCCAAUUGUUUGGCAAAAAACA